AUGCAUAAACCUAUCGAUCAACAAACAAAUGCUCUUGCCUCAUUAACACUGACUACACCGAAGGAGCAGAGUACAACUCCAAAGUUAGCUCAGCCGUCAAGAAUAGUACCCCAACAAGUGGAUGAGGAUUCUGAUGACGUCAUCUACACCAAUCACUUCCCUUGCUCAUUCGCCAAUAACCUUUCUUUUUAUCAGUACGAUGUCAUCGUCGAAGAAUAUCAUGAAAAACAAAAUAAAUAUAUCAACAUUUCCAGCCGUGAAAAACGUCGUCGAUUUGUUUGUGAUAUGCUCCUAGACAAAACAGUUCACCCAACAGCAGUAUGUUGGUACGAUGAAGGAAAUUGUAUUUACAGUACAACAGAUUUCAAGGACAAAUGUCCAAUGAUACAUGAAAGAGAAGAACAAGGAUAUCAGCGUCGUUUAACAAUAAAAAGUCUAUCAGACACAAGAAGUACCAACGAGUUAGAUCAAUCUUCGAUUCGCAUUAUUGAAACAUUGAUUAAACAAGUGCUAAAAGAUCAGUUCAAAGCAAUUGGUUCAGUCUUCUACCGAUGGGAUGAAAAACCAGAUCAAGAUGGACCCUAUGAUCUCCUUACAGGCUUCAGACAGGCUGUGUGUCUCACAGAAUCAGGUCCAACCUUGAAUGUGGAUACUACGAUUACUCGUUUCUAUCCCGAAGUUGAUCUUUUAACAUUUAUUUGGGAAAGAUUGCUACAAAACAAAUCUCCAUGUCAUGAAUUCCUGUCAGAUCGACAAUACGAUCAAAUUGGUAAUCGUUUGAAAGAUAUUGAAGUGACAACAGUUCAGUCAGAUUAUCAAAAUAGAUAUGUUCUCACUGGAAAUUUUUCGGAUCUUCCCAGAAAAAUUUUCAUGGAAGGACGAGGUCAUCUCCUAGAUUACUACAAGGAUCUUGGAUUUGAGCUUCAUUAUCCAAAGUUGUACUGCUUGAAAGCCCAUUCAGCAGGUAAUCCACAAAAUUUAGUGGAUCUACCGAUUGAACUUUGCUAUCUUCGAGAGUGGCAAAUGGUGAAGGAAGAUGAAAACACGAAACCUGUUCCAGCACCACCAGUCAGUAAACGAUAUGAUUCAAUCUUAGGAGCUAUCAGAAGCUGCAAUUUCCACGAUGAUAAAUUAUGUAAAGAAAUUCAACUAGAAGUCAGUUGUGAGGCAAUGAUGCCAGUUCCUUAUGAAACUCUAAGAAAACGUCAAAUUACUCUUAGUCGACAAGGUGCUUUUACAAAUCCAAUUCCAAUUCAUAAGAUGGCAUUCAUAUAUCUAGCAGAACGUCAACAGCCAAAUGCGAAACAAGUACAGAAAAAAUUACUGAACAAUUUCUACGAUGCCGCUAAUUGGCAAAGAAUGGAGUUGCCUAAGUAUCAUGACGAAUAUGAAAUUUUUGCUAACAGAAAUCUAAAAAGUGAACUCCGAAAUUGUUUGUCUGAGCUCAAAAGCAAGCAGUGCCAAUUCAUUCUCUGCCUUGAAAACUGUCGAGAUCCAGGAGUACACGAACUUUUCAAACAAAUUGCAUGCAUCGAAUUCGGUCUUGUUACUCAAUGUGCUAACUUUACAAAAGUUCAACGAAUAGCAAAUUUAAGAAAGUAUUGCGGUAAUCUUCUAAAAUCAGUAAAUGCUAAACUAAGUGGCGAAAAUAAACAAGUAGCUCAACUUCAAACGUCUAUUAAAACAAUGUUUAUCGGGGCUGACGUCCUACACCCCAAGAAUAAUUAUUCUGGUGAAUUACCAUCAAUUGCAGCUGUUGUUGCAAGUAUGAAUUCUGAGUGUACAUUAACAAAUCAACGUAUCUGUCGUCAAUGGCCAAUUAAAUGGAAACAAUCAGAAGAGGCAAUUUUGUUGUUGAAAGAAAUGACUGAAGAGCUGUUAAUCGCAUUCAAAGACAGCAAUAACGGCUCUCUGCCAGAACAUGUUGUUGUCUAUCGCGAUGGAGUUGAUGAUGGACAACUCAAACGUGUACAAGAUGAAGAGGUGGCUGCUUUGAUGAACGCCUUUCAAGUUAUCUAUCCAACAAAUGUAUCAUCUCCUCUUCUAACGUUUAUCGUGGUAAAAAAACGUCACCACACCCGCCUCUUUCGACUGUUGUCGUCGACAGAUAUUACCAAUGUUGAAUCUGGCGUUGUUGUUGAUACUUCCAUCGUUAAUUCGAAUCCAAACUAUCUCAAUUUCUUGCUGAAUUCACAUGAACCAGGUUUAGGAACCAAUAGAAUUGGGAAUUAUGUUGUUCUGACUAAUGGAAUUGGAUAUUCAUUGAGUGAAUUAGAGGAACUGACUUACUCUCUUUGUCAUAUUGAUCAGCGUAUUGAUGAUCGAUUGAGUGAAUCAAUUCCAAGUGUUUUGCAUUUGGCAGAUGCUGCAGCAAGCAAGGCGAGACAGUUGUUUGACAAUAAUACGAGACCACCAAAUGGAAAUCGAGCAGAGAUACUGAGAGUUCAUGAGCAUAUGCAAGAUGCACCAAAUAUGUUUUAA